UUACAUCUCCUCAAAGCUUCCUAAUAUGGCCUCAAAGGCUCUCUUAGCAUUGUUUCUUCCUCUUGCCCUAGUUUUUCUCUCUUGUUUAGCUGAGGCGCAGCUAAAACUUGGUUUCUACGAAGAAACAUGCCCCCAUGUCGAAGACAUCGUCCGCGAAGAGAUGACCGAAAUCCUUAAAGUAGCUCCGAGCCUCGCCGGUCCUCUACUGAGGAUGCAUUUCCACGACUGCUUUGUUAGGGGAUGCGAUGGUUCGGUUCUACUAGAUUCUACGAAGGGUAAUGUAGCUGAGAAAGACGCGCCGCCGAACAAGAGCCUUCGAGGGUUCGGGUCAAUCGAGAGGGUGAAAGCGAAAGUGGAGAAAGCUUGCCCUAACACCGUCUCUUGUGCCGAUAUUCUUGCUUUGAUUGCGAGAGAUGCAGUGUGGUUGAGUAAGGGACCAUCUUGGCCAGUGUGGUUAGGGAGAAGAGAUGGAAGAGAAUCGCAUGCCGCGGAGACGAAGCAGUUGCCACCACCCAAAGCAAGUCUUCCUCAGCUGAUCGCAAUGUUUGCGGUGAAGGGACUUGAUUUGAAGGACCUAGUUGUGCUAUCAGGCGGGCACACGCUCGGAACAUCGCAUUGCAACUCAUUCUCCGACCGCCUCUACAACUUCACUGGAAAGGACAACCUUUACGACGUCGACCCGGCGCUAGACAAACAGUACAUCACUAAGCUCAGGAAUAGGUGUAGCCUAACCGACAACACCACGCUGGUGGAGAUGGACCCGGGCAGCUACAAGACCUUUGACACGAGCUACUACAACUACGUCAAGAAGAGGAGAGGCCUCUUCCACUCCGACGCCGCUCUCCUCGCGAACGACUUCACGAAAGCCUACGUCGAGAGGCAUGCGAGCGGAUUAUAUGCCGCAGAAUUCUUCCAGGAUUACAGCGAUUCGAUAAUAAAAAUGGGGAAUGUCGAAGUUCUUACGGGAUAUGAUCAGGGUGAGAUCAGGAAGAAGUGUUACAUUGUAAACUAAAAAUGUUUAGUUUGAUCUCUUGUGUUUAUUAUAGGUUUUAUGCUUCAAAUGUGAGUCUGAGACUCGAGAGUUUGAGCUUGAUUGGUAGUAUAUGGGUAGAAGGCCAUUUUUCAUUUCCUUUGUUCAUUGAUGUAAUCAUGUUAUAAGUGAUUAAUUCAUGUAAUAAUGCAAUGUAUUGCUUCUUUGUUAAUCCUAUUAUGUUUGACCAA